AACUUUUUCGGCGGUUACGUGUUCGUUAAGUUUUGUGUUGUAUUAUUUGAUUCUUUUCAAAAAGACGAUUUGGCUUGUUUACGGACUCUGUGAUUUCUUCUACAACGAUUUUUCCUGGCUUUGGAAAUUGGAUACCUUUUUUCUGUAACGACAUACCUGGCUUAUCAUCGGAUUUGUUUUAUGCUUUGGACAAAAUGCCUAAGCAAACUAAAUUGAAAUGUUAUUUUGGGUGCAUUGUUGAUGGUCCAUUACAUAGAUUUCCAAAGUGGCAGUAUUCUCAUGAAGAGAGAUUUAAUUCUUGGAAAGCUGUUUUAAGUUCGGAGACUCAAGGAAAUGGCAAUGCAUACAUAUAUAAUAAUGUCCGUAUUUGCUAUAAACAUUUUGAAAAUUAUUAUCAAUUACCUAGUCACCAGCUUACCAGAAAUGCAGUGCCUACAUUGAAUUUAGAUUUGCCGGAAAAUUUGCAAAGGCAAGCUAUUUUCACUACGACAGCAACACCACCAACAAAAAAUCCAAUGGAUUCAUUUGCCCAUCCAUCUACAUCAUCUACAUACCAUUCUCGGCAAGCAAUAAGUGGAUUCAAUAAAAAAAUUAAUUUACUUAAGCAAACAAUCAUAAGAUUGAGAAAUAAAUGUAAAACUCAAUCAAUGAAGAUUAAAAUGGCAAGUAAGGUUUCUAAAUCCAAAAUAUUUUUAGAAAUGGUAGAACAAUUACCUGAACCCAUAAAAAUUUUUACAAAUAUGCAAUUAAAAUAUUUAAAGAAGCCAAGGGGACGAAAAUAUACAUUAAAAGAGAAAAUACUUCCACUUACAAUUUUGAAACAAAAAAGCAGUAGUAAAGCUAUCAACUGUAAAAAGGCUUUGUAG